GGGGCACUGCUUACCCGUUCUGAUGUCCACUGCCCAACUCCUGCCCCCCCCCCUGCUCCACCAGCCCCCACCCACCAAGGUCUCUCUCCACCUUGUCCCCGCAGCGGGCACUUUGGGGUGGUGAAGCGCUGCCGGAAGCGGAGCUCGGGGACGCUCUACGCCGCCAAGUUCGUGAAGAUGCGCAAGUGCAAGGGGAGCCGGCUGGGGCUGGACCGCGAGCAGGUGGAGCGGGAGGUCAGCAUCCUGCAGCAGUUGGAGCACCCCAACAUCCUGCGCUUGCACGACCUCUUCGCCAGCAAGGCCGAGAUGGUGCUGAUCCUGGAGCUGAUCCGCGGCGGGGAGCUCUUUGACUUCAUUGCCGAGAAGGAGACGCUGACAGAGGCGGAGGCCAUCGAGUUCCUGCAGCAGAUCCUGGAGGGCGUCGCCUACAUGCACGGGCGGCACGUCGCCCACUUCGACCUCAAGCCAGAGAAUAUCAUGCUGCUGGAGAAAGAUGUCCCCAACCCGAAAAUCAAGAUUAUCGAUUUUGGUCUGGCCCAAAAGCUGGAAGAUGGAGUAACCUUCAAAAGCCUUUGCGGGACUCCGCAGUACAUAGGUAAACAGCUGAGCACUAAUGAUCUGCUGGGAAGGUUGUCAGGAGCAUGCGGGACUCAUUGGCAUAUAGGUUAUUGGGAUUAACCCGUGGAACUCUCUGCCACAGGAUAUUGUUGAGUCACAUGGUUAGGGCCCUACCAAAUUCACAGUCCAUUUCGGUCAAUUUCAUGGUCAUAGGAAUUAAAAAGUCCUAAAUUUAAUGAUUUCCACUAUUUAAAUCUAGU